ACCCUGUGCCACAGCAGAGCACUGCUGUCAUCUGGGCUCUGGAUGGUUCCCUCUGCAGGGUUGUGUGGUAUCCUUGACACUGCAUUUUUUCCAUUGUGUCAGCAAUGUUUCCAUCCUUGGUUGCURUAUCCCCCUAUAAAGAGGGCUGAACUUGGGGAUCCCACACUGGGCACAASCAGGGAUACUGCAGCAGUCCAGCCUGACUCCUACAAGUCAUCUUCACCCACAGGACCAUGAAGACCUUCACAGCAACCCUUGCUGUGCUUUCUGUAGCUAUUCUCUGCUACCAGAUCUCCUCUUCUCCAGUUUCUCUCUUUUAUGGUCCCUGCUGUGUUGGGUACAUCACCAGUCCAUUGCCUUUGAGCCGUGUGGUGAAGUAUGUGAACACAAGCAGCUACUGCUCCCUGCCAGCUGUGAUAUUUACCACCAUCAAGGACAAGCUGGCCUGUGCCAAUCCUAAUGACAAGUGGGUCCGGGAUAUCAUGAAUCAGCUAAAGGCMAAUGAAGACGGUGGAUGAGUGAUACCCUGCUCUCUCCAUGCAUCACUUCUGCGAGGGCCUACUCUCAUGGACACCUCUGACACAUAUUUUCUCAUUGCCUGGGAAUUUGGCAGGGUAUUCAACUCAGCAUUUAGCUCUUUUAUUUAAGGUUAUGCAAAGACAAUCUUAAUUUAUGUGGCAUUUUCAGUGAAAUGUUUCAUUCUCCAUUGUACUAAAUGUGUUGUAAUUAUUUUUGUGUAA